AUGGGUUCGGAACUCACACCAUCUGCCAAGUACGACUUCAAAUUCAAAGACUACGCCCCUUGGGUCUUCCGACACCUGAGAUCCCGUUUCAACAUCGAUCCCGGUGACUAUCUCAUGUCCCUUACCCACAGGUACAUCCUCUCCGAACUGGGUUCCCCAGGAAAGAGCGGCAGUUUUUUCUACUUCUCCCGUGAUUACAAGUAUAUUAUUAAAACAAUCCACCAUGCCGAGCACCGAUAUCUGCGACACAUCUUGCGCGACUACUACAACCAUGUCACAAAAUACCCAGAUACCCUCAUAUCCCAGUUCUUUGGUUUACACAGAGUCAAGAUACCAUUCGGCCGGAAAAUCCACUUCGUCAUCAUGAAUAAUAUCUUCCCCCCGCAUAAGGACAUUCACAUGACCUUCGAUCUAAAGGGUUCCCACAUCGGCCGGGAGUACAAGGAGGUUGGUCCAGAAGAAAAUCCAAAGGCCGUUCUCAAGGAUUUGAAUUGGGAAGCCCGUAAUAUGCACUUAUGCCUGGGCCCGAGGAAACACGAACUUUUUGUGCAACAAGCCAAGCUUGAUGUGGCGCUUCUACAACGCCUGAAAAUCAUGGACUACUCGUUGCUCGUUGGAAUCCAUGACGUGCACCGAGGCAACAAUGACAACCUAAGAGAGAAAAACCUCCAGGUCUUCCAACCCGGAAGUUCUUCCAACGAGGACAUGGGUCCCCACCCUCUUACCAGGACCCCAUCCAGACUCGAGAGCGCUCGCAAAAGAGCCGAAAUGAGGAAACUUAUCAACAGCGAGGUCCCCGUGAGUCUAGAACACAGCGACACCCCUCUUCCAGAGGAAAUGCUCGCCAGGGCCAAUGAGGAAGGGCCUCGAAGCAUUUUCAACCAGGAUGAACAUGGAUUCCGCGCCACAAAUGAGAACGAUGAACCAGGGGAAGUUAUUUACUAUCUCGGAAUCAUCGAUUGUCUUACCAAGUACGACUUUAUAAAACGGGCUGAACACUUCUGGAAAGGCCUCUCACAAGACAAGACCGAAAUAUCUGCUGUACCACCACAGGCCUACGGCGAUAGGUUCUUCCGAUAUAUUUCAAAAAUCAUCCAGCCUGCUAGCGCUAAUGAUCGCGGAAUUCCUCGGGCUGCUGCAGCAGGCAGCCAGAAUAACAAUAACAAUAACACGGAGAAUCCACCGUCUACGGAAACCGGAUUACCAGACCGCGUCCGAUCAAACGUUAGGUCUCCGUCAACCGAAAGGCCAAGCACAACAAUCUUACCUGUUGUCGAAGAAGUUGGAGAAGGCAGCAGUGGUGCUAGAAGUCGAAGCAGAAGCGACAGUCCAGAAGCCGCCCACCACCACCAAUUGCAUCAUCAAACCGAAGUUCCAGAUGUCCAGGUCCGGAACUAG